GAUCCAUCUCCUACCUGCGUGUCUGUGUACGGAUGUAUCUACCAGGCAUAACUCCGCUGAUCAUCUUGAAUCCCAAUGGUUUCUUCUAACCUAAGGCCGUCAAACCCUCCAGUCCAAAUCCAGGGUUCUCAGCAAUCUCCAACUUUUCGUCAUAGGUACGAGGUGUUCGGCCAGUGGUAGUGAAUCGAUUGUACCACACCCGGCGCCCUCUCCACAUCUUCUCUCGACUUUCAACCCGACAGCCCAGCCGCCCCAGUCAGUACAUAUUAAAUCAUCCAUACCAUACCAUAUCAUAUCACACCAGACAGACCAGACAGACCAGACAGACCAGACCACACCACACCACGCCUACCUAUUACCCACGCCGUCCCUACCCAAGUAUCAAGUAUCGACCCAGUCAGUAUCUACCCACCCACUCAGCACUCAUCAAUCAACUGCCUUGCCUGGCCUUGCCUCACCCUACCUUACCUCAUUACUCCGUACAAAUCUCUGUUCCAUAAUUCACGUCCCUCCAUAAUAAUUAUAAUAAUAAUAAUAAACCCCCCCCCCCAAUCGACUUAUCACACUUAUUUACUACGGAUUCUCUCUUCCUCUAUCUACCUACACUUGUCACUUUACUUCACGCAACCUCUCCUCUCUUAAUACAACAAUUAAAAUACCACCGUCUUCCAUUCUCGUCGGGCCAAAUUGUCCUCUCCGUGCCAAUAAUCGUUGAGUUGUUUUACAAGGAAUGCUGCAGGUUUUCACGACCGUCACAUUUGCUUGAUAUGGCUGCGGUGAUCGAUUUUGUGUCAGAUUCAUCACGCUUCCACCCCCAUACAAUGAUACCCGCUGCAGGGCAUCAUGGUUCUUCUGAGGAUUCGCCAUUUCGACAACCUUCCAGGUCGAGAGUCGAACCUCCACCAAGUCCAAACCCCCACCCCACAUCAGUAGAUGAUGGUACCCCUCCUCCAAGCGCAAAUAUGCAAGCCAAAUAUGGUGACUCUCAAGAUGUAGACCACCGCACAAGAGUUAGAUCCGAACCUAUCUCUCCUCCUUCGAGUUCCAGUCCAAACUCGAAUUCGCAUACACAACAACAAUUUACAAGCCAACAAAAUUUCCCUCCAGCUUCAGCGCCUCAUGCACGAUCCGAACAUUCGCAUACCUUGAGCACUGAUUCUUCAUCAAGGCCUCGAGUGACAUCUGGGACAUCUGACCGGACAAUCCCAAGAGCAGCAAGGUCUCUCGAUGAUGUACAGAAUUAUGGUGGUAACACGAUCAAAGUUCGAGAUUUGGCACACAUCGAAAGUUUUGCCAGCCCAGAAUUCCUUUCAUCUAGAGGCCAAAUUGGUGGUUCACGCACAGCAGAUGAGCCUGGAUUGAAAUACGAGAUUAGUGGUAUGCCCAUUACAGACAUUAUCGAAAUGGUAGCCGGACUUUUGACCAAAAUCACCACCACGAACGAUCGUCAACAUGAAACUUUACAAAGAUCCAUUCCAUCUGCCGAAAAUACAGCCAAUCUUACUGGGCUAUCUUCGAGCGUACUCGCAUUUCACGGAAAGAAUGUGCCUAGCAUUACCAUUUUGAGUUAUUUAACUAGAAUACACAAAUACUGCCCAACAACAUACGAAGUAUUCUUGAGUUUGUUAGUCUACUUUGAUAGAAUGACAGAAAGAGUUAAUGCGGAACCCAUAAAUGCCAUGCGACAAGAAGCCAUGGAUCUAGAUGGUUCUCGACCUUCGUCUACUUAUUCAGCAGAGGGUUCUGAUUUGGCGGAUACCCCACCAGGAGCUCGAAGCGUUCCGGAGCUCAAAUCUGAGUUUGAAAAUGCUCAAUAUUCUCACUCACAAGACCCCGAACCUGGAUUGGCUCAGUUCCCCCUCUCUCACUUCUUUGUAGUUGACAGUUUUAACAUUCAUCGUUUGGUUAUUGCUGGUGUCACCUGUGCCAGCAAAUUCUUCUCUGAUGUUUUUUACACAAAUUCUAGAUACGCCAAGGUUGGUGGAUUGCCGUUGAAUGAAUUGAACCAUUUGGAGCUUCAAUUUCUAUUAUUAAACGACUUCCGAUUAUCUGUUCCCGUUGAAGUAUUAGAGGCUUAUGGCACAAUGCUUGUGGACUUUUAUGCUCGAGAGAUUGUUGAUCAGAAACGAGCAAGUGGUAUGUCAGAUAUGGCAUAUAAACAAGAAACAGAAUCUUGAGAUGUCAACGGUACUCAUGUUUUCGAAUGUAAGAAAACCACGAAAUAUUUCUUCUUCCUAUGUCAAUGAUUGUCUGUGGGUAAAACAGAUGUUGGUUUUGUUAAGACAAAUGGAUGAUAACGGCGCUCAAUAACGAUGAUGAUCAUGAUCUUUCAGCCAGAUAGACUUUCUUCCACUUUUUUAUGCGAGGUCAAUGGCUUCUCUCCUUUCUAUACCUCGUAUUUGAGAUGGAUUUGGGUUUGGAGCAAUCGAUCAUAAAAGAUACCCUUCUUCUUUUACUCUCUCUUAAUAUCACUUCGCAAAGACUAUGAGAUCUUAAGUUGGUUCUAUCAAGUAGCAAAUGCUUUCUUUUUUUGAUAGCCUGAUUUUUUUGCUGGUGCAGUCGCUGUCUAAGAUGACAUGGGAUGAUGUUAGAUUUCACAUGUUUCUUUCUUUUCCAUUUAGGAGGACUUCAUUAUGGAUGGAGAUACAAAGAUACAGCAAAUAUAUGGUUGAGUAGUAUUAUAUCGAUGCACUAUUUUGAGAGACGGAGAAAGACCAUCAGAAAAGCAUGGCUAGUUUGGAGUUGAUAGCUAUCAAGUGCAGCUUUGGUUGCUGGAAUGUGGGACGAAUGGAUCUCAAGAUUUGAUGGAAUGAACAGCAGAACAGAGCAGAGCAGAAGCUGUCAUAUGAGUUAUGAAGAUUACACAUAUUGGAGAUGGAUGAAUGAAUGGAUGGAUGGGGAUAUGAAAUUGGGGGAAUAUGAAACUAUAGAUGGAUGGAUGGCGUUGGAGUAAUUGGUUGGCAAUUAGCGCUUUUUUGUGUGUGUGUCUCUUUCUUAUACGUUUUUAUCAGGUCGCAUUUUCUUUUUUGUUUACUUUUUUCGUUCUCUUUUUUCUCUUCUUCUUUCUUUGGGUGUGUGUGUGUGUGGGUGGGGUGGGGGGUAUGUAGUUGAAAGAAUGAAGUUAGGUGAGGUGAUGGGGUAAGAAUUGAAUGGACUGAUUAAUUGAUUAAUCUGGAUUGAAUUGUAUUUGAUUGAAUGUGUUUAUGAUGUGUGAUGUGUGGUGUGUAUUUGAAUUGUGUAUGAUAUUCAAUAUCGAUAUCAAUAUUGAUAUCUAGAUUCGAUACAUCUCGUCGAAAUCGUGUGAAUUGGAUAAUAUAUAUAGACAGAUGUGAAUGUAAACA